AUGAAUAGAAUAUCGCCAGAUAAUAACAAUGUGCUCGAAUUAAAUUAAAAGGAUAUUGUUAAACUUUAUUUUGGAAUUCAAAAAUCGUUGAUAAAAAAAGAAGAUAACUAAAAUGAAAUUUAAGAUGAAGAAAAUGAAAAUUAACAUGAAAAUUUAAAUGAGGCUAAUGAAAAUUAAGAAGGGAAUAAUAAAAAUUAAGAUGGGAAUAAUGAAAAUUAAGAAGGGAAUGAUGAAAAUUAAGAUGAGAAUAAUUAAAAUUAGGAUGAAAAAAAAGAAAAAAUAGGAAACCUUAAGAUUGACUUUGAUCAACUAAAAAAGAAAAUUGAAGAGGACAAUCGCUUAGAACAAGAGUAAAAAACAGCUUACAAGAGCAUAAUAGAUAAUCAUUCAAAUGGGAAAAGUACUGCUGAUGCUUAUAUCGAAAUUUAAAGUGAUGCAUCUUACAAUUUUUAUUUAAAAAAAUAUAAAGUGACAACUACAGAUAGGAGGCGUCAAGAUACAAAGGGUUAAUAAAGUUCUUAAGAAAAAAUUAGAUAUUAUGCAUUUCGGUUUAGAAUGUAACCUACAAAUUAUACAUCUAAUGUAAAUGAAGAAAAAUUGAAUUACUUGAAAUACUUAUCAUCCUCUAAGUUUAUACUAAGAGGGAAAUAUGGUUAAAUCAAUGAGGUCAAUUAUUAAAUUGAGAUACCAUUAAGCUUCAAACUCUCAACAGGAGUUUAUGAAUAUAGAAAACCAAAUCUAAAGUUAUAUAGAAGCUAAAACGAAGUAAUCCCAAUAAAUAUUGAAUGGAAAAAUUAAUAGAAAAAAAUUAUAAUAACUUUGUAUGCUAAAGAUGGUAUAAAUAAUGUUGCAAUUAAGGCCGUAUUAUACUCGAGAAUUAUUAUUAAAGAAAGUAAUGAUUAUGUUGCUUAAACUCAUAAGAUUUUAAAAGAAGACCAAAUAACUAGAGAAAAUACCGAAAAAUCUUUGGUCUUAACUUUGGACAAUAUUGAGAAAAAUUACCCACCUUUAUUCUUUGGAGAUAAAAUUAUAUCACAUCACAUUGUGAUAUUAACUCUAGAUUUUAAGAUUAGGUGUUUUAGUGAUUUAUUUAAGAAAAAUUUUUUUUAAAUUUAAAUACCUGUAGAUUUAGACCCUAAAGUUUAAGUUGUUGAAAAUCUAACUAAGUUAUAUCGAGAAAAUUAUUUUGAUAAAAUCAGUGUGCUAGACAAAACAUACUAAGAUUAUUAAAAAUUCAUCUGAAGAAUGAUAUUAAUAUAUUUAUGGGAUUCAAUUAUUCCACAAUUUAUAAAUAAAUUUAGAA